AUGACCCCUGUGCUUGGCUUUACGAAAGAAAAAGAACCCGAAGUUAACUCUGGACAGCAACAACAAUUACAGAGACACCAGCUUCCACUGGAUGUGUUGAAGUCUCUCCACUCCCAAACUGAUGAUGACAUUCAUGCUGAAUUCAGCAAGCUGAUGUCUGAACUCAACAAAGAGGGUGCCCCGUAUGCACUGAGCCUGGCAAAUCGCCUGUACGGGGAGCAGUCUUACGAGUUUGUGGAGAAAUUCAUUAUGGACACAAAGAAGUUCUAUCAGGCAGAGCUGGAGACUGUUGACUUCAAAUCAAAAGCAGAGGAUGAAAGGGUGAAGAUUAACAGCUGGGUGGAGAAGCAGACUCAAGAUAAAAUCAAGAACCUGCUGUCGAAAGGGGCUGUUAACAGUAUGACCCGUCUGGUGUUGGUGAAUGCUAUCUAUUUUAAGGCUGAUUGGGACAAGAAAUUCAAAGGGAGAGACACAUAUGAGCAGCUAUUCAAAUUGAAUGAGGUAACAUGCUUACUCACUUUCCAGAUUACUCUAAAUAAUAAUGAACUGUUGCCAACACUGACGCUGGAAAGGUUUUUAUCCUCUGUGCUUGAACAAGCCUUCAGAAAUCCACCACUCUCAACUGGAUUAAUGGCUUCUUUUCUCCUGCAGUUGGAAAAGGAGCUCACGUAUAACAAGUUCAUCGAGUGGACACAGCCUGAGAAGAUGAAAUAUACUCCUUUAGUUUUGGCUGUGCCCAAGUUCAAGAUGGAAGAGAGCAAUGACCUGGAAGAUAUUCUGGUCAAUAUGGAGAUGAAGGAUGCCUUCGAUGUGUCCAAAAGCGAUUUAUCUGGCAUGUCUCCCAGCAAUGACUUGGUGUUGUCCAAAGUGGUGCACAAGGCCUUUGUGGAGGUGAACGAGGAGGGCACAGAGGCUGCUGCCGUCACUGCUGCCACCAUGAUUGUUGGAUGUUCCAGGCCACCCCCAGAUCGGUUCAUCGCAGACCAUGCCUUCCUGUUCUUCAUCAGACACAACCCCACUCAGAGCAUCCUCUUCUAUGGCCGUUUCCGCUCCCCUUGAAGUCUUAAACUCUGCCAGUUUUUAGCAGGAGUCAUAAGGAGGAGUUAUAAGACUGUCUGCAUGUUAAAUAGCUCUGCAAUGCUGUUUUCCUUAAAAUAAUAUUUCAUUUUGAUCUGCUUCUCAGAGCUUAGACCGUCCUGCUGCAGUACAUUGUAUUCAUUCAUGUCCAUUGUAUCCUCCUUGAAGAUUAAUACUAGCUAAAGACCAUUGUUUCCUUUUUGUUCAUUAUAUUUUUCUCAACGCUAAAAUGACAAAAAACAAGUAAUAAAAACAAGAAGCAAUAAAAUUAUUCUUUUAUUUUUUUACCCCCACCCCCUUAAUAACUAGCACAUUUAGCAGAAAUAGUUGGUAGGUUUUCAAGCAUGAACA